GGGUAACCGGCGCACCUUGAGGAUGGUGCCCCGGUUGCAAACCGACGCAGUAUCGCGGCCGCCCCUUCCCAACAACACUCUCCCUCCCCCAGCCACCAUCCUCAUCGUAGACUCAUCGUGCCCAGCAAGUUUGAUUUGGAGCCGGAAGAAAGCAAACAGAACUACUUCAUCCGAUUGCCGCCCCCACCAAACCAUCCGCAAAGAGAACUCCAUCGCUCGCUCUUAUCAUCUCAUCCAUAGAGAAAAACCUAGGCUAAACUUGUCAACUAAACUUGUCGGGACAAUAGCCUUCAAAAAAUAACCUCCGUUGCCAAUAGCUUCACCAGUGGCCGCCUAACACCGGAUGAGGACUUGAACUUCUGCAGUUCUGCCUCCUUACGUUGAAAAGAUGAUAUGGAUUACCCAGUAGCUUAACUUUUUUAUUCAUCUAAAAAAGUUACAUUAUUAUUGAGACAAUUUACAUUUUCAUAUAUCUCAAGUUACAUAUCUAUUAGCGUGAGUUACAUGUGAAUUUUCCUCUACAAGUUACAUCUGGCUUACACAUGAUUUACAUUUUUCAUAAUGCGAGUUAC